CUAAUUGUCCUUGUAAUCGAUUAUCUGUACGCGAACCAAAAUUCUGUAUUUUUUUCUUCUUCUUAUGUUUCUAUUUAAUUUCAUUCGUUUAUGAACAAACGAUCGCGUACAAUGGAAACUACGUUCGAUUUGUAAGAAUUGCAAUAGAAAUUUAUCUAUGUAAGAAAAGUUGCUACUCGCGUUCGGCUGCUGUUUGGUUCGAUUACACAAACAAUAGACUCGUACAAAUUUCUGUAAAUAACGCGUGCGAGUGUGUAUAUAUAUAUAUAUAUUAUGAAAGAGCUGUCUUUGUACAUAAAAUGGUUUAUUUGUCAAAUCGUUGAUACGUUAAAUCAUUGUUACUUUUUCAAUCCAAUAGUUCUGAAAAUCGUUCACCGAUCAUCGAGACUUCAUUACCUUUUCAUAUAGCUCAACGAACGUAGAUAAAUCUAACGAACGAUCCCAUAGAAUUCGCGAUGAAGAAGUCGCGAGAAUAAUAAAAUGCAAGAAAGACGAAUUUGUCCGAAAACCUUGAAAUUUUGAUAACGAUUACGCGCGUUUCCAAUAAUUACCUUGUGAAAUGGAACCCGGUGAGGAAACGCGAUGCUUUUAAAAUUACGACUACUUUGUACGAUAUCUAUAUUGAACGUUGAUGAGCAUAUUUUGAAAAAUCCCACCCAAUUACGACGUUCGGGUGUAGGGAGUCGCGUCGCGACGCUCCAUACAUCGUGCGCCGUGCGCCGUGCGCUGUCGCAGUCGGAGUCGGCCGAGAAAAACCGAGAGAGGGAGGGAGAAGAAAAGAAAGAGAAAGAAGACGAACAUCGAUGUCGGGUGCACGCGACCGUCGCUAUAAGAUUAAAAUAAUUGUUAAGAGCGCUCGCGAGAAUAAAUUUCGGAAAUCUGCAAAUAUAUAUAGUUAAAAGGAAGCUAGUCUUACCGAGAGGGUGUACGUACGAGACGCGCAACGAAUUCACGGGUAUCCUCGCAACGUUCGUUUGUUCGUUCGUUCGUUCGUUCGGUCUAGAGGCCGAAUCGAAUCGAUUCUUCCGUACGACGAGCUACGCGUUCGCGUUCGGUUCGUCUCGUGAACGGUCUCGCGCUGUCGUCGCGAAUUAUGAGUUCGAUUGUCCUCAAAUCUCUCUCGGUUCUCCUCGGUAUAUUCUUUAUUUUCGUCGGUACGAUGAAAUUAACUUCGCACAUUAGUAAGGAUCUUCACAAGGAUUUGAGAAAGGAGUACGUGAAAUACGCAAAGGUGUUUCCACUUUCUGGCACGUUGGAUUUUAAAGUGCCAAGUAAAUGGUACAGAAGAGUCGUCGGAUCGCUAGAGAUCAUUUGUGGAUUUACAAUGGCGAUAUUCCCGGGCUUCAAAAUAAAAAACGUAUCAAACACGAUUCUACUUUUAUUGAUGUUCUUGGCCGUGUAUUCUCAUUAUAUGGUAAACGACAAAUUCGAAAGAAUCGCUCCGGCAUUGGUAUUUUUUUUCAUGCUGACGGGACGACUAGUGAUCGAUUGGCAGCUCAGGCGGGAGAACGCGCAACCGGUUACGGCUAACGGAGUGGACGAUAAAACCAAGAAACAGGACUGAAUUCUCAGCGUUCGUUAGAAGCUAAUCACCGACCAGAGUGAAUCGAUUAAAAUCCUCUUCGUUUUAAACGACUCCUGUAUAUUUCGAGAAUUCGUAUGACCGAACAUCUACUUUUUGCACGUUCUAUUUGCGCGAUCGGUUUUCGCGGCUCGUGUAUAAAUUCCCUCCAUCUUCCUCUCCAAUUGUCACAUCUCCGUCUCUCCAGUCCGAAAAGAACCGUCUUCGCCGUACCAAACCGUUUUGUACGAGAUUAUUCGUCGCAUCGGUGAAACGUUGAUGUCGUUUCGAUCGAUAGAUCAGAGGGAAGCGAGCCACCGAGGGUCGCGCGCACGAAACAGAUAUUAAUUUAUGAUAUUUAUUUUA